AUACGGCUAACAGCUAAAGGCUAACGGCUAGCUAGUGGCGCUAUGAUGGCGGAGCUGGUGCAGGGACAGGCCUCGAUGAACCAGCCGGGGCUGAAGUCAGACGGCCUGGCCGAUGUUUUACAGAGGGCCCGGCAGAUGGUGGGUAAGAUGGGCGGAGAAGCCAUUUCCCACCUCAACAGCUCCUCAGGAAGUGUUGACCCAUCACUGUAUUACCCUGGACAGAAACGACCAGGAGAGGAUGGAGUAGGUAACCAGCUAGCAGCCAUGGGGCAUCAAAGCAGGGUAACCACAGAGGAUUACAAGGUCCCUGACAGGAUGGUGGGCUUCAUUAUUGGUAGAGGAGGAGAACAGAUCACCAGGAUCCAGUUGGAGUCUGGCUGCAAGAUCCAGAUCGCUGCUGACAGUGGAGGUCUGAUGGAGCGCCCCUGUUCUUUGACUGGAACCCCAGAAAGCAUCGAGCAGGCAAAGCGGUUGCUGGUCCAGAUAGUUGACCGUUGUAGAAAUGGACCAGGUUUCCAUGGCGAUGGCGAGGCUUCUGUGCAGGAGAUGCUGAUCCCCGCGAGUAAGGUUGGGCUGGUGAUUGGCAGAGGAGGAGACACCAUCAAACAGCUGCAGGAGCGAGCAGGAGUGAAGAUGAUGAUGAUCCAGGACGGUCCAAUGCCAACAGGAGCCGACAAACCUCUACGUAUUUCUGGAGACCCGUACAAAGUGCAGGCAGCAAGGGAGUUGGUGUUGGAAGUGAUCAGGGAGAAGGAUGGAGAUUUCAGGUCGGGACGCAACGACUUCAGUGCCCGGCUGGGAGGAACCAGCCUCGAUGUUCCAGUUCCUAGGUUUGCUGUUGGCAUUGUGAUCGGCAGAAAUGGAGAAAUGAUCAAGAAGAUCCAGAAUGAUGCAGGAGUCCGAAUCCAGUUUAAAGCAGAUGAUGGCAUCAGUCCGGAGCGUGUUGCCAUGGUGAUGGGACAGCCAGACCGCUGUCAGCAUGCUGUCCACCUCAUCAAUGAGCUUGUCCAGACUGCACAGGAGCGUGAUGGUUUUGGCUCUGCCCUGCGGGGUGGGAGGGUCAGAGGUCGCAGUGACUGGACUAUGGGCUCACCAGGUCCUCUACAAGAAGUGACCUACACCAUCCCUGCUGACAAAUGUGGCCUGGUCAUCGGUAAAGGAGGUGAAACCAUUAAGAGUAUCAACCAGCAGUCUGGAGCUCACGUGGAGUUGCAGAGGAACCCUCCCCCCUCCACUGACCCCAACACCCGGGUCUUCACCAUCAGAGGCACCGCCCAACAGAUGGACCUGGCCCGCCAGCUCAUAGAUGACAAAAUUGGGGGUUCAGGUAUAAUGAGCAAUGGAGGUUUUGGCUUCAGUCCCUUUACCCAGGGCCCCACUACACACCAAAACUGUGGCAGUGGUCAGACCUUCCUCACUGGAGUUUGGGGAAACACCUACCAGACGAACUGGCAAAACCCUGGACAACAAGACCCCAGUCACACUAUGGCUCAGACAGGACAGGUGGACUACUCUAAAGCAUGGGAGCAGUACUAUAAGAAGCUAGGUCAGCAGAGCCAGCCUCAGAGUGUGAUGGCAGACUACAGUAAGGCCUGGGAGGACUACUACAAGAAACAGAGUCAGUCGUCUCAGCAGAGUUCAGUGCCAGACUACACUGCAGCAUUAGCAGAAUACUACAGACAGCAGCCCUACCUGUGGAACCCUGCACAGAUACAGGAUCACUAGAGGCUCCACCCUCCUGGUGAAGGCCUCGGAUGGUCGUCAACGGCAACCAAAAUCGGGGUUUCCUAGCAACGCUCCGCCGCUUCCUCCUUCCUUUUGUAGAGAAAAACUAAGGAUUAACUGAAAAAUCACGGACUCUUCUUUCUGUUUUUUAACCUUACAAAUUGAUAUUUUGUCGGGCAGAUUUUUUUGGACUAGCCUCUGGUCUCUCCAGUGUAGACCUGGUUUUUCUUUUUGUUUUUUAUCAAACUUGAACUUAAAGAUGUAUCAGUGUGGCUUUGAACAAAAGAACAUCCAGUAUAAUCUAUAUUUUGUCUAGUUUUAUUUUCCAAUAAGAAAACGGUAUAAGGCUUAGCAGUCUUGAGUAAGAAAAUCUGAUAUAUUAUUAUUAUUAUUUUGUUUAUGAUGAUGUUUUAAAGCAUGCGUCAGAUUGUGUGUGUUGACUCUCAGUUAUUUUUUUUUAUUUUGGCAUAGAAAUAUUUUAAUAGCGUCGGAUGGAAAUGUAUUUUACAGUCGGAGACAAAACUGUUUUUGUACUAAAUUUGUGCUCGCUGGGUCUGUUGUUUGCAAUCUAAUUUUACCUGUUUAGUCGCCAUCUUGGAGGUGCAAUGACGCGUUUUUUGUGUUCUAUUUGGUUUGAUGAUAGUUCUUAUUCCUGUACUCUAUAGUGAUUCUUUAGUUUUUAUGUUGUAAUGAUGAAUAAAUGACAAUUUAUGUUGCGUUGUCUAAAGCCAGAUCUCUCUGUGGUUAAACACUUUGUCCUCAAAAAGGAUUUAACCUCCAACCGACACCACGUUUCUCCGCCUCAACUUUCAUUACAAAAAGCAGGAAAAAUACUAUUUUCUUACAGAGUGAAACUUAAUUAUUGUUGUUGUCACUAAGUUCUGCAUUUCUACUUUUGUGAUUUGUUGGUAGCAGAAGUAUUAUGAAGUUCUUUAUUCUGUUAGUGACAUGUCAGCUGAAUGAGCUUGUUAGCUAAAUGCACAAGUUAGCUCAACUUGGUAGCAAAAACGGUGCGUUACCUCAACUGUGUUAGCUGGAUGAAUGUGGUGGUCGUUUGUUUUUGUUUUUUGCGUUAGUUGUCUUGUGUUUUAACGAAAUGUUAGCAGAAUAAAAGUGGUUGUUGAAGUGUUUGUUAGAUCUGAAAGUUGUCUUAUGAUAGGAUAUAAAAUUUGUUUUAAAGGUAUGUUAGCUAAACACUGAGUGCUAAAGUUAGCUUCACAGUAUUUUCUACUGAACACGUGUUGGACGUUUUUGGUGGCUCGACUGUCUAGUGUGUGGUUUUCCAGACAUGUAGCUAUUGGCUUACAUGUGUUAACACUCACGAAAUAUUGCACAGGCAGGAAAUACCAGCAGAGCAACUUACUCUUAUUUUCUUUAUCGAUUGAUCUGCUCAUCAGAAAAUUGUAAAAAGGCUUUUUUACAAUCUCCCACUGUCUGAGACGUUUUCUCAAAUGUUUGUAAUUCAGUGAUCAACAGUUUGAAGCCAAAGAUGCUCAUUUCACUAUGGCACAACCCAGAUAAAGGUCAAACUUCCACCUGAAACUAGAACCAGAAUAUUCAAAAAGUCAAAAAAAAUUCUCCAAAUUAAUCAGGUAGGGAGAAAAAGGGUUCAAAUUAUGGAUGAUUCAUUCCAGGAGGCAGUAAUGCAUUAUUAAAGAUGCCAACUGCCGUUAAACACCAAAGAACUAAUCAGUUGGCUGACUGAUCUGAUCACAGCUCUACAUUAUGCUAGUGAAACGGAUGUUGAACACUGUCCAUAUCUAACUUUGCUUAAGAAUGAAAUUCCUUCUUGUCCACUUGUAACUUUGUGGAUAGCAAAAUCUAAUCUCUACUAAAUUCCAUUCCUUUAAGUGAAAAGAAGGCACAAACUGUUUUUUUUAUCCAAAUUAAAUUUGAUCACUUCCAAAAAAAUAAUAUAAAAUAGUAAAUUUAUUUAGCUGUAAUAUCCAUUGCACAUAAUGAAUCCGCUGUCUCAGUGUCUCUAAUUAUGUGGACGUGUGAAUGUUAGUUGGCUGAACAGAGUGCUUAAAUACCUACAUUUGUAAAAGUGAAUGUUUUCUUAAAGGCACUUCAUGUUGGCUAACAGUUGUGUUGUCUAAACUUCUGUGUUUGUUAGCGCUGUUGGGGGUUGAUGUAGAUUUAUGCUUGGUGGCCUUGCAGGUCAUUGUAGACACUUUUAUUAGAGUUGCAUUUGUCAGUCAACAGAAUAAUAAUCAGCAGCUGUUAUGGUAAUUCAUUUAUCUGUGACCAAUUUUAAUGUGGCGAAAUUCUCUGGUUUCAGCUUUAUAUUUGUUUGCUUUUCCUUUGUGAUAGUAAACUCAGCAUGUUUGGAUCUUGAAGUAUUUGUCAGACAAAAAGGCAUUAGAAGAAAUCACAGUGGGCUUCAGGAAAUUGAGUUGGAUGGAUUUUAUUUCUAUUUUUUGCAAUUUUUUGACAAUGAUGACAGAUAAUCAACUUCAGAAAAUAAUGGAUAGUUGCAACAGUUUUGUUUCAUAUUUGUAUGAAUAUGUAGGUAUUUUUUCUUGUUUUAACACAAUUUUUUUUUUAUCUGAAAUUCACAUGUAUCUUUGCAGAGGUUUAAUUGCAGCCUUAACUGUAAAGUGUGUAUGUCCAUUGCGAUAAUUGAGUUGUGUGUCAGAUACAUGUCAUGUGCAUGUGUAAGCUGGAUUAUGCCUCUGGAAGAUGAACAUUACUUUUUUGUUAUUUCAUAUUUGUAGGAACUGUUUCAGAACCCACUUCCAAAAAGAACUUUGAAUCUGCCAAUAAGCUUGUUUAAUGCUUGUUAUUGUUGUGUAGAUGAGUGUGAAUCCGUUUCUUUGUAUAAAUUCAGAGAUGUGGCUUCGUAGGUGUACUUCCAGCCUGGGCUGUAUUUGUUCUCUGUCUCGUGAUUUUGCCUGUUGUUGGCUGAAUGUUUAAUUGUUAGCUGAAUGUGUGUCGGACCACAGAGAGGUUGCCUGGUGUUGAGGGAGAUCUGGCUCUUGUUUUGUUGACUAUUGAAUCCAUGGUUGUGCUUCUUAUGUGUGACGAUGAAGAUGAUAAUGACGAUAAUAAUAAUGACAAUAAUAAUGAGUUCUCCUGUACAGGAGUCUAUUUAAAUCUGUUAAUGGAGUUAUGAAUAUUCAGUUUGUCGUAAGAUAAUAUAGUUUGUGUAAAUUUCCACUCUAGCGGGUGCUCUCCAGUACAAAAUGUACUCCUGUUAAAAAACAUUAUGUUGUUUAAUUCACAUGUGUCUAACGUUUUGCAAAGAGAAGCUGAGUGUUAUAUUCUCAAGACUGCUAGGCUAACUGUCCCUAUCUCUUCUCCCUAUUUGUCUUUCUCUGUCUAGAUGUUGCCAUGUUAAAAAGUUGGACUGAUUUGAUGCCUUUCAUCACGUCUGUAAUCGGACCAUGUGAUUACAAAAGCCUCACAACCUGAGCAUUAUUGUCACAGGCGUGUUGAACAGUCCCCAACUUGUUAGCGUGGCAGCUUUGAGGCGAAGAGAGCUGUAGUAACGGGGUAUAAAAUCCCCAAAACUUAACUAAAGAAAACACUGGACUGGAUGGUGGCCUGGUGUCUGGACCCGGUUCUAGGUUUAGUCAGCAAAGUCUCACCAUGCCUCCUGUUGUCCCAGAAUCAGAACUGGACACGACAUAACCAAUCCACUCCAGCUUAGAUCUUCCUAGUCCUGACCCCUCGUCCUGAAGAGGGUGACCAGGAGCUUUUUGGUUUCAUGGUUUCUGUUGUUUUUCUCAUGGACACAUGUCCUAACUGUAACCUGCAGAUUUUUCUAUUAGAUUCUAUUGACAGAUAUGGUUGUGUAUGAACCCGAGCCACAAGACUGUUGAUGUCCGAGGAAGAGGAAGGAUGAUGAUGAUGAUGAUGAUUAACAUGAGGGCUAAUAAACAGGCUCAUUCUUUCUGA